AUGAGUCCUCCCGCCGCCGUGGACAAUGACUCCAACAACGUGGGCUCGGUUGCCGCUUCCGGCCCAUUGACGGUCGAUGCCAUCCCUGCUCUCAGAGCCAAGGGCGCAAAGAUUCCCACCGGUGUUGCACCUGCCACGAGCAGUGACAUCUUUAAGAGCCCGCACUGCUACACGAAGCCUCAGUCGAAACGCUGGGACCAUAUCUUCUCCGUCGAGUCGAAGUCCCGGAAGAGUUCCACUUUGAAGGGGGCUGCCCGGUACCUGAAGAACCCCGGCUUGAUCUCGCUGGGUGGAGGUCUCCCCUCGCCGGAAUAUUUCCCCAUCGAGCAACUCUCCGUCAAGGUCCCGAAUGCGCCCGAAUUCGCCCCGGAGGGAACCGUUCUGGAUGCGAACAAGGGUGACGUCCGGGAUGGAAAGAGCCUUUUUGACCUGGAGGUUGCUCUCAAUUAUGGACAGGCAUCGGGAACUCCGCAGUUGCUUAGGUUCGUGACGGAGCAUACUGAGCUCAUCCACAACCCUCCCUAUGCCGAUUGGCAAUGCUGUUUGACCGCGGGUAGCACGUACGCGUGGGACACGAUACUCCGCAUGCUCUGCAACCGCGGUGACUACAUUAUGAUGGAGGAGUACACUUUCUCGAGUGCCCAAGAGACUGCGCUUCCCCUCGGAAUUAAGGUGGCGGCCAUCAAGAUGGACGAGGAGGGUCUUCUGCCCGAGUCUCUUGAUGAGGUGUUGAGCAACUGGGAUGAGGCUGCCCGGGGUGGCCGGAAGCCUUUUGUGCUGUACACGAUCCCGACUGGCCAGAAUCCCACCGGUGCUACACAGUCAGUGGAGAGACGUAAGGCUGUGUACAAGGUCGCUCAGAAGCAUGAUGUGUACAUCGUGGAGGAUGAGCCGUACUACUUCUUGCAGAUGCAGCCCUAUGCCGGCGCGGAUAGCGAGCCCGUCCCGCCGCCGGCCACCCACGACGACUUUAUUAAGUCACUCGUGCCGUCUUACCUGAGCCUGGACGUGGACGGACGUGUUCUUCGCGUGGAGUCAUUCUCGAAGGUUCUUUCUCCUGGAUCAAGAACGGGCUGGAUUGUUGCUUCCGAGCAGGUGGUGGAACGCUUCAUCCGGAACUGCGAGGCCUCCGCCCAGAACCCGUCCGGUAUCUCGCAGCUCGUUUUCUACAAGCUCCUUGAUGAGCACUGGGGCCAUUCCGGAUACCUUGACUGGCUGAUCAACCUGCGUAUGCAGUACACCGGCCGCAGAGAUUCGAUGAUGCAUGCAUGUGAAAAGCACCUCCCUCAGGAGAUUGCGCAGUGGAUUCCUCCGGCCGCAGGCAUGUUUCACUGGAUCGAAGUUGACUGGAAGAAGCACCCUGGCCUUUCUUCCGGCAAGACUCGUGAAUCCAUCGAAGAAGAAGUCUUCCUUGCUGCCGUCGACAAUGGUGUCCUUGUUUCUCGGGGCAGCUGGUUCAAGGCUGAUGGCGUCCACGAAGAGAAGAUGUUCUUCCGCGCUACAUUUGCCUCUGCCAGCUCGGAAGGCAUUACUGAAGCCAUUCGGCGGUUUGGCGAUUCCCUGAAGGUCCAAUUCGGUCUGUAG